AUGUCACAAGCAGCGCUCACAGCGUGGACAAAAGUACACUACAAACUCAAGCGCGCACCGGCCCAGUCGACCGUGUCCGACAUACUCAAGAAGGCUGCGUUGAUCAUGAGCAAGGACUACGGCAAUGGCAACCGCCGCAAGCCCCUGAAGGUGACCUCGGCGGCGCUGGAGGCGCGACUGUGGGCGUGGAUUCAAGCGGUGGAGGCCCAGAACGUCUGUCUGUCCCGCGAGCGGAUAAGGAUGAAAGCGAUCGACAUUCAGCGUGAGCUGUGCGACGCAUGGGACCUGGGAUUUUGCGACGGCUGGCUCACUGCAUUUGAACAUAGGCAUCGCCUUCGCUACCGCAAUCGACCCGGCGAGUCUGGAUCCGCUGAUCCAGCUGCUGUAGCUCAAGGUCGUCAACGACUCCAAGAAAUCACGGAUCUCUACCCUGCAAAGGACAUCUACAAUAUGGACGAGACGGGGCUUUGCUACGCAAUGGCCCCAGCUCGGUCUAUUUGUACGAAGCGGGCGCGAGGAGUCAAGAAGAAGAAGACCCGUAUUACGCUUGCUCUCACGGUGAACGCUGACGGCACGGACGCACUACCGCCGUUGUUCCUGGGACCGAUAUUCCGAGAAUGGCUACACAAUCUGGAUCGGGACAUGCGAGCGGCAGGGCGUCAUAUCUUGCUGCUGCUAGAUAACGCGUCUUCUCAUAAGACCGGCGAUCUGGUGUGUACAAACAUUCGCGUGGAGUUCGUACCCCCGAAUACUACUACCUACUUGCAACCUAUGGACGCCGGCAUCAUUGCACUGUUCAAGCGGGCGUACAGGAGAAGGCAGAUUCUCUGGGUGUCCGAAAAGAUCAAGGACGUGAAGAAGCUGAAGAAGGAGCCCUACGCGGUCGAUCAGUUGCAAGCUAUGCGGUGA